CACACACACACACACACACACCAUGGGAUGCACUUAAGUGAGGAGUGGUGAGGAGGUGUUAACACAACAACACAUCCAGUGUGUGAAGGUCCACACCUUCAGGGAGCCGUUCUUUAUCUUGUUUUUGGACAGAGUCGAGAUGGGGAAAAGACGGUUCUCAGGGCUGGAGGUGACCCUGAUUGUCAUGUUCCUACUGAUGUCUGUUGUAGCCAUAACUUUUCUGGUCCUGUUUGUCACUGGAGAAAGUGGCUUUGUUGAUGAAAAUGAAAACUCAAACUUCAAACCAGAGUGUCCUGUUAUUCCUCAUGCUGAAAGAGUCGACUGUUUCCCAGAAGCCGGAGCUUCAAAGACGCGGUGUGAACAGCGUGGAUGCUGCUGGGGGCCACUGGACGUAGGCAGCGUUCCCUGGUGUUUCUUCCCCACUAACUACGGCUACACAGCAGAGUCAGUGGAGCAGCGCAGUCCCUACGUGCUGAGAGCCACUCUGAGGAGAAUCCCUGCUCCUACUCUGUUUGGAGCUGAUGUACAGGAGCUGUCACUCCAUGCAGAAAUGCAGUCCAGCAGUCGACUCAGAUUUAAGAUUUUCGAUCCUAACAAUAAAAGGUUUGAAGUUCCUCACGAACACGUCAGCACCGUGACCAGCCAACCCUCCGUCCCCAUCAGCGACACGUUAACUAUCUCACACAAACCCUUCGGUCUCACCGUGCGCAGGAGAGAAAACAAAAAAGUACUGUUUGACACAACGAUAGCACCCCUGGUCUUUGCUGACCAGUACCUCCAACUGACGGCUAAGCUUCCAUCCCAUAAUAUAUACGGUCUAGGUGAGCAUGUUCACCAGCAGUUCAGACACGACACCAACUGGAAAACCUGGCCCAUCUUCACCAGAGACGCCUUUCCUAAUGGUGGGACACACAACCUCUAUGGCCACUACCCCUUCUUCCUGUGUCUGGAGGAUGAGUCGGGGAAGUCCUUCGGGGUGUUUCUCAUGAACAGCAAUGCGAUGGAGGUCACACUGCAGCCUGCUCCAGCUAUAAACUACAGGACCAUCGGAGGAAUCCUGGACUUCUAUGUUUUCUUUGGCGACUCCCCAGAACACGUGGUGCAGGAGUUCCUCCAGCUCAUUGGCAGACCCGUGAUCCCCCCCUACUGGUCACUGGGUUUCCAGCUUUCUCGUUGGAACUACGGUAACCUGGAUGUGGUCAAAGAAACGGUGGAGAGGAACCGUGCUGUUGGACUCCCAUAUGACAUCCAGUACACUGACAUCGACUACAUGGAGGAUAAAAAAGAUUUCACCUACGAUAAAAUCAAAUUUAAGGACUUGCCUAAGUUUGCUGACUACCUCCAUGAGAAGGGGCAGAGAUACAUCCUCAUCCUGGACCCUGCCAUAGCCACCAGUAAACGGGUUGGCGACGCUCCGUACGGGUCCUACGACCGCGGCAAUGAGAAAAACGCCUGGGUUUUUGAUUCUGACGGUAAAACUCCUUUGUUGGGAGAGGUGUGGCCAGGAGAGACGGUGUUUCCAGACUACACCAGCCAGGGCUGCAUUGACUGGUGGGUUGAUGAGUACGAGAGAUUCUCCAAGGAGGUCAAACACGAUGCCCUUUGGAUCGACAUGAAUGAAGUCGCCAAUUUCAAGCAAGGAUCCAACAAAGGCUGUGCUGCUAACAACCUCAACUACCCUCCCUUCACUCCAAGAAUUCUGGAUGACCUCAUGUACAGCAAAACUCUGUGCAUGGAUGCCAAGCAGGCCUGGGGGGACCACUACGACGUCCACAGUCUUUACGGCUACUCAAUGGUCCUGGCAACUGAAAAGGCUCUGCAGCGUGUGUUCGGUGGGAAUCGAACCCUGAUGUUGACCCGGUCCUCUUUCCCAGGUGUGGGAAAAUACUCUGGUCACUGGCUGGGGGACAAUGGUGCAAACUGGAAUGACAUCAGAUGGGCUAUUCCUGGCAUGCUGGAGUUCAGCCUCUUUGGCGUUCCCUAUAUCGGAGCAGAUAUCUGUGGAUUUUUCGGACACCCCAGUGAGGAGUUGUGUCGUCGCUGGAUGCAGGUUGGAGCUUUUUACCCCUUCAGCCGGAACCACAACGCUGAGGGUUACGAGCCUCAGGAUCCAGCCUGGUUUGGUGCUGAUUCGCUGCUGGUGAAGACGUCCAUUCAUUACCUGAGGAUCCGUUACACACUCCUGCCUUACCUCUACACACUCUUCUACAGAGCACACACCACGGGGGACACGGUCGUACGGCCCGUCAUGCAUGAGUUUUAUGCUGACAGUCAGACCUGGAGCGUGGACAGACAGUUCCUCUGGGGAAAAUACCUGCUCAUCACACCUGUACUGGACCCGGGUGUGACCAUGGUGUCUGCCUACAUACCAGAUGCAACCUGGUACGACUACGAGACGAUGGAGAAAUUGUCCCACCGUAAAAAGAGAAUUGACCUGUAUCUACCAGAAGACAAACUUGGUCUGCACAUCAGAGGUGGAGCUGUCCUUCCUACUCAGACGCCAAACGUCACGACAACACACAGUCGACUUAAUCCUAUGGGUUUGAUCGUAACUCUUGACGACAACAACCAAGCAGCUGGAGAACUAUUCUGGGACGAUGGAGAAUCUCGAGACACUGUAAGAAAAGGGAACUACGUCCACUACAGCUUCUCUGUGGCCAACAACACAUUGACGUUGGAUGCUGACCACGUGGGCUACAAUGAUUCAAACAACCUCCGGUUUGAGAGCGUCACCGUCCUCGGGCUUCGCUCUCGUCCUGUGAAUGUCACAGUGACGCGUGUCAUCAAUGGGAGAAAAGAAGAGUGGACCACAGUGGUGCCAGAGACCGAUAUCCACUACAACGAAACCAAGAAGGUCCUCCUCCUCACUGGCCUCUCGAUGACUCUGGGAGAGUCCUAUACAGUGCACUGGGAACUGCGGGAUAGUUUGAACUGCCAUCCAGAGGAGGACGCCAACGAAGCCAAUUGCACAGCCAGAGGCUGCAUCUGGGGGCCGAGCAGCAUCACAGGCGAACCGUGGUGCAUCUACCCGAAAGACUAUGGUUACACCGCUGAAAGAGUGGAAGAAACAGACUCAGGCAUCUCGGUUAACAUCACUCGCAACAAGAAAUAUGGGAGCAGCGGUCGGCCCGGGUCACCUGACAUAGACAAUCUCCGUGUCCAGAUAACAUACCACUCCAGUGACAUGCUCCAGUUUAAGAUCUGGGAUCCAACCACUGAUCGUUAUGAAGUUCCUGUACCAUUAUCUGUUCCUGCUACACCUGAAACUGAUGAGAACAAGAGGCUUUAUAAAGUUCUGACUACGUCAAACCCGUUUGGAAUCAAGAUCAUUAGGAAAAGCACAGGGACAACGAUCUGGGACUCUUCUCUGCCAGGGUUUACUUUCUCAGACCUUUUUAUUCAGAUCUCAACUCGACUGUCCUCAGAGUUUGUCUACGGCUUUGGAGAGACAGAACAUCCGACCUACAAGCACGACCUCACCUACCACACCUGGGGCAUGUUCUCCAAGGAUCAGCCGCCUGGUUACAAGAUGAACUGCUACGGGGUCCAUCCCUUUUAUAUGGGCCUGGAGAACACAGCUGAUGCUCACGGUGUGCUGCUGCUGAAUAGCAAUGCUAUGGAUGUGACUCUCCAGCCGAUCCCAGCAGUCACCUACCGAACAGUGGGAGGCAUUCUAGAUUUCUUCGUUGUCAUGGGACCCACACCUGAGAUGGUCGUGCAGGAGUACACCGCGCUGAUUGGACGACCUGUUCUACCUGCCUAUUGGUCCCUUGGGUUCCAGCUCUGUCGCUAUGGUUAUUCCAAUGACAAAGAGAUAGAAGAUCUUUACAACAACAUGACAGAUGCUGGCAUACCUUACGAUGUGCAGUAUGCAGAUAUCGACUACAUGGAACGUCAGCUGAACUUUGUCUUGGACCCAGAGUUUAAGAACCUUCCGUCCUUGGUGGAUGACAUGAGAAAAGAAGGCAUGAGGUUCAUCUUCAUUCUGGAUCCAGCCAUUUCAGGCAAUGAGACAAAACCUUACCCUGCGUUUGAACGAGGUGAAGAGGCAGACAUCUUCAUCAAGUGGCCCAAAAACAUCAGCAGUGAAAUAGUUUGGGGGAAGGUGUGGCCAGACUUUCCUAACGUCACUGUCAACACCUCCUUGGACUGGGACACACAAGUGAAGCUCUACAGAUCUUACACGGCCUUCCCUGAUUUCUUCCGUGAUGAAACAGCACAGUGGUGGCUUCAGGAAAUCAAGGAUUUCUACGACAAUAUCAUGGUGUUCGACGGCCUCUGGAUCGACAUGAAUGAACCGGCCAGUUUUGUCCACGGCACAGUUGGAGGGAAGUGUCUUGGAGACCCAGUCCUUGAGAAUCCUCCCUACAUGCCAUCCCUGGACUCAAGGGACAUGGGCCUCAACCACAAGACCUUGUGUAUGAACAGUGAGCAGAGACUGAGCAGUGGAAAGACAGUCAGACACUACGACGUGCACAGUCUGUACGGCUGGUCUCAGACCAAGCCUACGUACGACGCUGUGCUGAACGUCACAGGUAAAAGAGGUAUCGUGGUAACCAGGUCCACUUACCCCUCCAGUGGACGAUGGUCCGGGCACUGGCUCGGAGACAACUCUGCCAACUGGGACCAGCUUUACAAAUCCAUCAUAGGGAUGAUGGAGUUCAGUCUGUUCGGCAUCCCUUAUACCGGGGCCGACAUCUGUGGCUUCUUCAAAGACGCAGAGUAUGAGAUGUGUCUUCGCUGGAUGCAACUCGGUGCUUUCUAUCCAUUCUCACGAAACCACAACGGCUUAGGAAGCCGGAGACAAGACCCCGUAGCCUGGAACGCUACCUUUGCUCAGGCAUCACGAGACGUCCUCAACAUUCGCUACACACUCCUGCCCUACCUGUACACACUGAUGUACGAGGCCCACGUCACAGGAAGUACCGUCGUCAGACCUCUGCUGCACGAGUUCGUAACAGACAGAACUACGUGGGACGUCCACAAACAGUUCCUCUGGGGUCCAGCUUUACUCAUCACCCCGGCUCUGGACAAGGGCGUCACCAGUGUGACUGCUUAUCUUCCUGAUGCACGCUGGUACGAUUACCACACGUCCAAAUAUGUUGGAGUGCGUGGCCAGAUGGUGGCGCUGCCCACACCCUUGGACCACAUUAACCUUCACAUCAGAGGAGGAUACGUCCUACCUUGGCAGAAACCAGAGAACAACACACACUACAGUCGAAAGAAUCCUUUAGGGCUGAUCGCUGCGCUGAGUGAUGAUGGAACGGCCAAGGGAACGUUCUUCUGGGAUGACGGAGAAGGAAUAGACACGGUGGAGAACAACAGGGUCCUGCUGACCUCCUUCACAGUUCAGUCGAAAACGUUGACUAAUAAAGUGGUCCACGAUGGUCUGUCCCCCGACGACCAACUGACCCUGGGUGUGGUCAAGGUUUGGGGAGCUGGAAAGGUGCCAAUAACAACAGCCAAGAUCAUGGUUGGUGGAUCAACACGUGACCUGAAAAUAAGUCACGACUCAGAGACUGAGGAGCUGUUGAUAGACGCUACGUCACCGUCAGUCCGUGUCAGUCAGGACUUUACCAUAACCUGGAAUUGAACCCCAGACCCUCCUCUACCCUCCCCUUUUACCUUGUCAGUGUCGUGGUCCUGUGUGUAAAUUAGAACAUGAUUUUAUUUGACUACUUUUCACUGAGUUGAUUUGAAUUUUUAUUAUUUCAAUCUAUUUAUGUUCUGUGUCUGAACUGUCACGUCAACUAAUCUGAGGAGGGGGCGGGGCUUAGAUCUGCGCUGUUCCACUACACCGGAUGUUUGGGGCGUGACCUGGUCACAGAGGUCUACAGACUGGCACUGAGAAGAGAGAAGAUAAAGACCCACCUUUAAAUGUUUGAUUGUCUCACGUGUUGGAGUCUAACAUUCUGUUCAAAUAAAAACAAUCCACGUUCAAAACACAAA